AUGUCGCUUUUACGCAUCAGGAAACCCAAAACCCGCAAGGGAAAAAAGGUGCUGCUGGCCAGGGAGCCGCAACUGAUUGAGUCCGCCCGCACAAUGCUCUUUUUGGACGGACGGAAGUGCGGUGGCAACGUGAAGCUGUGCAUGAAGGAUCUGCAGACGCUGAAGAAGCCGCUGGUGAAGAUUCUCAACCGCAAGAACGACAUUACACCCUUUGACGAUCCCUCCUCACUGGAGUUCUUAACCAUGAAGAACGAUGCCGCCCUGUUCUCGUUUGGUUCUACGUCUAAGAAACGCCCCGACAACAUCAUCCUGGGCAGGAUCUUCGAGAACGAGGUGCUGGACAUGUUUGAGCUGGGCAUUAAGCGGUACCAGGCCAUUUCCGAGUUCAAGAACGAGAAGAUCGGCGCCUGCGUGAAGCCCUGCCUGGUAUUCAACGGUCCCAAAUGGGCGCAGACCGAGGAACUGAGGCGCCUACGCAACCUGUUCAUCGACACUUUCCAGCGCGAGAAGGUGGACUCGAUUCGCCUGCAGGGCAUCGAGCAUGUGCUCAGCUUCACCGUCACCGAUGACAUGAACAUCCUGAUGCGCUCCUACCGGAUUCUGUUGAAGAAGUCCGGCCAGCGGACGCCGCGCAUCGAGCUGGAGGAGAUCGGACCGUCUUGCGACUUUGCCAUUCGUCGCACCAAGAUCGCCAGCGAGGAUCUGUACAAGCAGUCGCGUAAGCAGCCCAAGCAGCUGAAGGUGGGCAAGAAGAAGAACAUCAGCACCGACGCCCUGGGCAACACCAAGGGACGCGUCCAUCUGGGCAAGCAGCAGACGGGCUCCAUUCAAACGCGUCGCGUCAAGGCGCUGCGCAAGACGCCCGAGGAGAAGAAGGACACGCGUCAGCGCAAGAAGGUUGCCCUCAAGGCAGCCGCCGCCGAAGCCCUGGCAAAUGCGAAGGCAAAUCCAUUCUCUAGUUAGUUUUAGUUUUAAUAAAUUGGUCCUGAUUAAAAUAGCGUUAACAAGUGUA